AUGUGUGGGGUGGCUCAUGAAGAUGUGAUGCAUGCAUUGGAUACUUGUGAUUAUUCUAGAUAUGUUUGGAAUAUUUCAGGACUGCCUGUAACAAAUAUUGUUGUCAAUUCUUUCCCCGAGUGGCUAACAGCUGUGCUUACAAUGUUAACAAAGGAUCAAAGUGGAGCCGUAGUGGCGCUGCUUUACCGUCUAUGGAGAUGCAGGAACUCGGCCGUAUGGGAUGCCGCACUCCCUCACCCUACGGCUGCAUGGAGACAGGCCACAGCGGUGUUGCAGUCGUUCCGGCAGAUCACACGCCGCUGCCCAGCUGCGACCUCAACUGCUAUGGUGGAGGGCGAGGAAGACGCCAUGCCGCGAUGUUUUGUAGACGCUGGCUACCGAGAAGGCACAGGGGAGGCUACAUACAGCAUAGUGUUGUUGUCUCUCGAAGGGUCCUUUUUGGCUGCAAAAAAAGAAGACUCCCAAGUUGUUUGUCGCCGUUUAUGGCGGAGGCUUUGGCAUGUAAGGAGGCUCUAUCCUGGCUACUGGAGAAAAAUACAACAACGGUCACCCUUCUCACAGACUGUAUACAACUGA